AUGGGACUUUGGGUAGAAGUUGCGGCUGGUAGUCCAAGUCAACUGAAGGCCUCAGACGCUGCCUUCGACCUGGCAGACGAACUUCCUUCACAUACACCUGUCUCAGCUGGACCCGGCCUCUCUGAUCCCUUAUCGAGCUCCGAGGAUAGCGGCAACCAAAGGACAGAAACCGUUCAGCACAGCCAAUCUUCUCUGGGACGACUUGAUCAACCUUCCCAGCAGACAACGAGCGCACCUACAGAGGCCGGGCCACGCCGUAGUCGCCGUCGCCGCCGUCAAGACCUAUCCCCUGAUCAGCCAGAGAGUCCUGAGUCGAGACAGGUGAAUACUGCUGGUGGAGCUGUUGAAGUUGGGCUCGAGACUGCUGCAGCUGGGCCUCAGAGAGACGACGAAUCGCCACCCAACAAACGACGAAAAUAUACUCUAGACGAUAUGAGACCUGACGGUGGACCAUCCCCUUCAAAUUCAAACGGUGUUGCGUCUGUGUCGAACGGUGCUUCGAGUUCCAUUCAUAAGCAGCCCUUCUCAAACUCCCCCGUGGGGAAACAAUCACAAGCCGGAUACCAGGAUGCAUCUAUAGCUAACGGAUCUCUACCGCCAACAUACCGCGGCCACGACCGGGAGGAAGUGACGAGGAUAUUAAUACAGAGUCUAUACGAGCUGGGCUAUCAUCAAGCUGCUUCCACGUUGACUGCUGAGAGCAGAUAUGAACUAGAGAGCCCUGGUGUAGCUGCUUUCAGAGCCGCCAUAUUAGAUGGAAACUGGAACGAGGCGGAGAGAAUACUACUAAGUUCCUUUUGUCCCGAUGGGGAUGCAGGCGAGGUAGACGGAGUGACUGGCAAACAGCUUUCGAAGCGAGACGGGCUGGUUCUGGCAAGCGGUGCCAACGAGAAUGAGAUGCUAUUUUGUAUAAGACAGCAAAAGUUCCUUGAGUUGCUCGAUCGAAGAGACCUGGCAACCGCUCUGGUGGUCCUACGUCAAGAAUUGACACCGUUAAAUCAUGACAUAACACAACUCCACGCUCUUUCGAGUCUCCUAAUGUCUACACCGGAGAAUCUGCGAGCUCGAGCCGGUUGGGGUCGCUCUAUUAGUGAAUCUAGACAGGCUCUUCUAUCUGAGCUCACUACACAAUCGCCAUCCUUGUACUCGGACCACUUGUGUGAUAAAAGUGACUUCCCUCUUCGAACUGCCUUCGAGCUCAGUCACCACACCAACGAGGUUUGGUAUUUGGAGUUCUCCCAUGACGGGACAAAGCUUGCAACCACAAGCCGUGACUGCACCGUACUAAUAUAUGACUCUACGACCUUUGAAAUAAUACAUCGAUUGACAGAGCACAGUGAGCCCGUCGCGUAUGCUACAUGGAGUCCAGACGAUACCAAGUUAAUCACUUGUUCUCAAGACUUCAAGGCAAAAAUGUGGAAUGUCCAGACUGGCACCUGCAUCUUAACAAUAAACCAUCACCAUGCGCCAAUCACUUCCGCUUCAUGGGCACCAGAUGGAGAAUCCUUCGUCACAGGCUCUCUCGAUGGCCAAUCGCAGCUCUGUCAUUGGAGUGUUCGCGGUGAACCCUUAUAUACCUGGCCCGGCCAAUACCGAGUUCGUGAUUGUGCGAUAACUCCCGACGGCAAACGAUUGAUAGCAAUAUCCUUGCAGAAGAGGAUAUACGUUUACAACUUUAUCACUCACGAAGAGGAAUACAGCGUACUCUUAAAACUCGAUCUCACAUGUCUUAGCAUCAGUGCUGACUCGCGGUUCAUGCUCGUCAACAUGUCCGAAAACGAAGUACAGCUACUAGAUAUCGAAACAGCAGAGGUUGUUCGGAGGUUUUUGGGUCAGCAGCAAGGCAAUUUCCUUAUUCGUAGCGCCUUUGGUGGAGCUGCUGAGAAUUUUGUUGUCAGCGGUAGUGAGGAUGCAAAAAUAUACAUAUGGCACAAAGAGAACAGCCAGCUUGUUGAAGCCCUUGAAGGCCAUGUUUCUGGCUGCGUUAAUGCGGUGGCCUGGAAUCCUACAGACCCAGGGAUGUUUGCAUCUGCUGGAGAUGAUCGCAAAGUUCGGGUAUGGAUGAAGCAGCCUUCACUUGGCACAGCCUCCGGUAACAAAUCCCGGAGGUCAAUUAGAAGCAAUCCAUCCUCGAGCGCUGCAUCUCUCAAACGGGUCAGCUAG